GGCCACUAAGCGCAGCACGCUCUGCUCAAUAGAUGCAGCCCACUUGCAGUCGUCACGAGGAAAGAAGCUGGAAAAACUGAGCUUUGACGCAUGAGUCGGAGUUGUUGAGUUAAGAAACACUCACAAUUGUGCACACGGAGGGGGUGGGCUUCAUAUCAUUGCUUCCCAGCUAGAGUUAUAAGAAGGGAGCGAGUGCCCUGAUCUACAGAAGGGACCGGGUGCCCUUACCUCAACAAGUCUGGGAGAAAACAGCCCACUUCUGCAAGCCAUGCCCGUGACUCAAGCGCAGGCGGACGCGCUGGCGCACGAGUGGAUUGAGGCCUGGAACAGGCACGACAUCGACGCCGUGCUCGUCCACUACUCGGAUGACGUCAUCUUCACGUCACCAUUUGCCGUUCAGUUCGCGGGGAAGGAGGACGGGACGGUGCACGGCAAGAAAGAGCUGCGGGCCUACUGGGAGAAGGCCUUAGCUGCGCACACCAAUCUGCACUUUACACUUCACUCUGCCCUGCCGGGUGUGUCCAGCGUAGUCAUCUAUUACAAGAGCAGCGUGCGGGACCUUACCGCGGCGGAGACCAUGGUACUAGACAGCGACGGGAAGGUCACAAGGGUACUCUGCCACUAUUCCUGAAACACAAGGGAUUUGUGCGCGUCUACAGGCCUCCCCACAAAUAGGAUACCGCUUUAUAUUGUGUUGAUUUAUUUGCCGGCGAGCACGUUCAGUUUCCUUUCGGUAACGUCGGUUGCCGUGACUGUCCUGGAGCACGUUCAGUUUCCUUUUGGAAACGUCGGUUGCCGUGACUGUCCUGGAUCAAGAGUCGAGAAUCGUCCGAUGUCGCAAGGUCCGAAGUAAGCAUCCUCCCCAGGAUUUGGAACAGACUUUGAAAAAUGGUUCGCGAAGUGCCACAUGACCCACUAACACAUUUUUGUUGAUUACACGGCAAGUAAAGGUUUCCGGGUUGAGAUCACUGCCAGACGAGAUAAGAACUUGGCAGUUGUACGCGAUCUUUUGAAAGUGUGUUCUUGUCGACUCAGUAUGCGGCCAUGUCCGCGCAGUUGGAAGAAGCAAAGAAAAGUGCGGCGUAAGAAGGAUGCCGGCCCGCCCACCCACUGCCAGCGGGCGGGCCGGCCACGCUGUUGCGCGUACUUACUUGCAUUCGCAUGGAGACCGUACGUUUCAAGGGUUGAAGACUGAUUACAAAAGGGCUGGAGUCUGGCCUCAUAAAGGUUGGGAACCGAUUACAAGUAACUUGAAGCGUCCAC